CGUCAAUUGUCCUUCAUAUCAACUUCUAUACCAUUAUCCCGCAACAGCACGCGCAUGAUGGAGCCACCUUCUCUCGGGCAGCAUCUGCCCAGCGCCAACGUCGUGCUCUUCCUCGUCCAACUUGCAGUCGCCAUCGGCGUCCUCAUCUUCGCGCCUGAAGGCUCCUGGUCUCCCUCCAAAGCGCACGACUCCGCCUCCGCAUCAUCCGGAGCUUUGGACAGCAGCGGAUCGUUGGCUCUAGUGCCCGCCGCGACUCCUACAGCCUCCACACUGACGCCGAGCAAUCCACUGGCGCCUCCAGCCUACGUGUUCUACAUUUGGGUGCCCAUCUACAUCUUCACGGGUAUCACCGUCAUCACUGAUCGCUUCUACCCGACCUACAGCUUCUACCUCACAUCCGACGACCCGAGCUUCUUGCGGCAAUGGUUCCAGCUCGCAUGUCUGGCCAAUAUGUCGUGGGUAGCGCUUGAUAUGUGGUUCAGCUGGGUGCACAUGGCUACAUUCGCACUGACGGUGCUCUGGUGUACGAUGCUGCCGCUCUACCUCUUCGUUGUGCGUCACCCCACGCCAAGAUAUUCACAGGCCUGGAUCUAUUAUUUCUGCAGUGAAUUCUCCGUGCGUCUGUACUUCGGCUGGCUCAGUGCUGAUGUGAUAUUCAGUAUCGCCGAUGUGAUGCAGUAUCUACACGCAGGAUACUUUGGCUUUAGUGUCUACGCGAUGUUACUGGGGGCGCUUCUGGUGCUAGCGUUCGGCACGUAUGUCCAUGGACGUGAUCCGGUUGUGGGUCUUGUGGUCACUUGGGCAUUGCUGGGCCUUACAUUCAAGCACGCAACGUUCCCCGGAGAUACACAGGAGGUUUUCAACAAACUACGCGCUGUCGCCAUCGUCGUCGCGCCCGUUUUCCCGAUCUUAGUGUUCAUCGACAGCGUACGAUACGUCUACGUCGUCCAUUGGAAAACUUCCAGGGUUCCAACCAGCAGCAACGAGUACUACAAGCCAUUUGUGUUCGAGACCACGGCAGAGUAUGGAACGGUGUGAGCUGCUCAAUACGAAGCCUAGCGUAGUCGAAGUGUACGUUUGUUUAUACAUUGGUCUGCGGACAAUUUUGAUCUGCUCUUGUCAACUUUCCCUCUCUCGUUUGGAUAAAAUACUCAAGUAUCUUGCGAUACACUCGGAGAGUAAAAGUUGGUAAGUGACGAGUACUUUGGUUUCCCAGUUUCCCAUGAAAUUGCUUGGAAAAGUGCAAAACUUGCCAGUUCAAAGGCUGAAACGUUAGAAGUACGGAUGCCGACACUCGAGACGCAGGUUCACUGGACCAAUACGGUGUUUAACAUGCUCUUCAUCGAGGCGUUCGUUUGGUUUGCUCGAGUUUGCAGUAGCGAAGUCGUGGACUGGAGAACCGGAGACACGACGCAGCUCUUCAAUCUGCUGGUACCAUCCAGUUGUGUGCGUCGUGUUCAACUGCCGAUAGCGGCCGACAAUUUUCUCCAUCCCGCUUUGGAACCUUCGUCCCCUCAGCAUCGAUAUUUCCCUGGUAUGACGUUGAGAAGGGAAGACUUUCUAGUUAGCGUUUUGGAGUUCUCACAAGGUCAAAUAGGCUCAAAGUACAUUCUGAGUGUUUAGUACGCCGUCUGAAGUUUCGUUAAUACGGUGGUAGCAUGGCUGUUUAGAGAGCUCCACGUUAUUCCGAUCAAGAUUGCUUUGAGGUUUUGGUUCAUCAUGGUCGUUAUAACAAUGGCUCAAGUCAAUCAAAACAAAGUCACGCGUUAGUGCGAAGGAAACAAGACGCACAUCUACAACCUGUUGGCUCGGA